UGAAAGCGGGUGUGUAAACACAACUCUAGGAAACAUGAAACGAUCGGGUGGCAGUGAGAGCGAGAAGAGAAGAAAGAGGCGCAGGCUGCUGCAGGAGCUAGGAGACCAGCGCAUCCCCUACCUCGGGCCCUCAGACCAUGGCUUCCAACAGCUGUGGGAGACUAGCUACUCUGGCCUGGCUCUGCGGCGGUCCUGCUCCCUGCCUGAGGAGCUCCAUGGUCGGGUGGAGGCUGCUCUGUUCACCCUGCGGCGGAGGGGCUGUUUCCUGAGGGACCUGGUGAAGGUGAGGGACCGAGACGUCUUCACUGCCGUGUCCCGGGUGCUGCUGGGUCAGCCAGGAACCACCUACCGCUAUCUGGACACGCGGCUCUUCACCAUCCCCUGGCACACUGACGAGCAGAGAGGGACCUGCUGUGACCCAGACCUCAGCGCCGCCUGCAAAGCACUCUGGGAGCUCAACUGCUUCUUCUGCUCUGAUGUUGGAGACAGGAAGGAGGGGGAUGUUUUCAAGCAGUGCAGGAAAGAGUUGGUUGGUGCUAUAGAGUCUAAACCCAGUGUAGAAGGAGACACGGGGUCUAAAGAUAGUGAGGAGUCCAAACCCAGUGACGAUGGAGGAGACUCAGAGUCCAAGCAGAGUGAGGAGGGAGAGACUGAGUCAAAGCACAGCGACGAUUGGGACAUAGAGUCAAAAUAUAGUGAAGAGGAAGGCCCAUCGUCCAAACAGGAUGCAGCGUGGGAGUCAAGACACGGCGACGAGAUGGGAGACAUGAAGACUAAACAAACUGAAUUGGGGAGUCCAACGGCGUCAAAACAACACAGUGAGGGAAAACACACAGGCUGGAAGCACAGGCCAGCUGGCAGCACAGAGACGGAGACCACAGACCUAGGCCCUCAGGAGAAGCCUGUGGCUGAGCUAAAACACAGUCUCUCUGGGUACCACAUUGAAGAUGAGGAGGAUGAAGACCAGCAGAGUGGCCAGGGAUGCUCUAACCUCAACCCUGCUAAGACAUCCUGUCCUGGCCCGACCCAGUUCAACGUCACCCUGCUCAACUACAUGGACCCAGCAGCUAUGAGCCAGCUGAAAGAAGAGCCGUAUUAUGGGAUGGGUAAGAUGGCUGUGGGCUGGCACCAUGAUGAGAACCUGGUCAGCCUAUCUCCUGUGGCCGUCUACAGCUACAGCUGUCAUGACGACAAAGCAGGUGUGAGCUCGGAGGAGGGUGCUGCAGAGAAGGGCUGCUGGAGGAUUGGUCUAAAGGUGGCCUGGGACAUCCACACCCCUGGACUGACCCUCCCACUGCAGUCCGGAGACUCCUACUACCUUAGAGAUGACCUGAACAGGACCCAUCAGCACUGUGUUCUGGCUGGAGACUCAGCCCGCUUCAGCUCUACACACAGAGUGGCAGAGUGUUCCACCGGGACCUUGGACUACAUCCAGUCCCGCUGCCGGGAGGCCCUGUCUAACCUGAGCACAGACCCAGAAACAGGGACCCACAGCCUGCUGUCCCUGCUGCCAGCUACCUUGCAAGGCUACGAGGAGAUACACAACGAGGUGGAGUUUGAGUGGCUGAGGCAGUACUGGUUCCAGGGCCAGCGUUACACCCGGUUCUGCAGCUGGUGGGCCAGACCCAUGGAGCAGCUGGAGAAUGACUGGAGAGAGAUGGAGCUCAUGACGCAACUCUUACUGGCAGCGGUAGAGGAAGAGGGACAACCGGAGGAGGGCAGGAGAGAGAUGGCAGAGACCCUGCUAACUGCCCUGACAGACAGACAGCAGCACAGACAGACCUGGAGAGACAGGUGCCAUUCCAGCCUGGCCCAGACCCUGCCCCCAGAAGAGGCCCCCGUUGACCGGCCAUUUUGGGCCGACGACGACCCCAGCAUGCCUCUGCCCUUUGACCUAGCUGACAUCAUCAACAGGGUGGAGUCACUCCUCUGGAGGAUGUGACGGAUGGGACACAAAGAAAAGAGAAGGAGAAAGAGAGCGAGAGAGUCACCCCGUCAUCUGAACAGCCUCUAUCGUGAGGACAGACGACAGAGGAGGAGAACAGGACCUACCAACUCCUGAUGGUGUCAACGUCCUCCAAUGGGGGUAGACAUCCCCACCCCAGCCCACCCUGGACCCCUCCCAACCCUGUACCUCGCCCCACCCCACCCAAACCAGUCUCAUCUAGCUUUGCUUGGAUUGACUCAACAUGGCUGCAACAUGAGGAUGGAACCCUGAGUAGUGCUUUGCUAACAUGCUAUAGCUGGUAUUGGAACUUGUCUCACAAUGGUAACGUGGAUAACCUGCAGAAUUAAAACUGAAUGUGUAGGAAUGUAUUAUUUCAAUCAAUGUUCUGUUUCUUUUCUACAUUUAACCAGCUUUGUGUAUGGAUAUGACAAAUAGUCAUACAGAUGUAGGAUCUUAAUUUGACCAGUUUCUCACAGCAGCAAAAUUAUCCUGCAGCAACAGGAAAUGUGAAUUAUUGGGUGGAUUAUAAUUAAUGGACAUUUUUGUAAGGGUUGAUACAUUUUUACUUAGGGCAAAUCAAGUCUGACAUUUUCAUGUGGAAAUUACAAACAGAAAUCCUUUUAAACCUUUUAAACCUUGAAUGCACUACAAGUUUGCAUUUCCUUGCUGCGCAGGAAAUUUCCUGCAACAACAGGGUGUUCAAAUUAAAAUCCUAUAUCUGUAGUACAUUUAUACUUUCUGUUUCUAACUCAAUGUUGUUCUAAUUAUACUGUUGUAUCCUAAUGUCCAUUCACUUCCUGUAUUUCACAACUUUCUUGUUUAGAAUCUCACAGGGCAUGACUUUGUGUUACUAAGAUGUGACUGAAAGUGUUCGUGUGUGUGUGUGUGUGUGUGUGUGUGUGUGUGUGUGUGUGUGUGUGUGUGUGUGUGUGUGUGUGUGUGUGUGUGUGUGUGUGUGUGCGUGCGUGCGUGCGUGCGUGUGCGUGUGUGUGUGAAUGUGUGCCACUGCAGUAUUUACAAUAUGUGAAAUUGUAUGUGUGUGAAGCAGUAUGAUAGGGCCUGUAGCAGGGCUAGGAGAUGUUUGUGUUAGAGAGGAAAGGACACAAGUCUAGUAGGCCUCUAGGUUCUAGUAGGCGUGUCUCUGUCUGCAGGCCUGUCUCUAGUCUGCUCUGUAGGGCUGAAAGGCAGCCCAGGCAGACAGCUACUGUAGGGCUGAAAGGCAGCCCAGGCAGACAGCUACUGUAGGACUGAAAGGCAGCCCAGGCAGACAGCUACUGUAGGACUGAAAGGCAGCCCAGGCAGACAGCUACUGUAGGACUGAAAGGCAGCCCAGGCAGACAGCUACUGUAGGACUGAAAGGCAGCCCAGGCAGACAGCUACUGUAGGACUGAAAGGCAGCCCAGGCAGACAGCUACUGUUGGACUGAAAGGCAGCCCAGGCAGACAGCUACUGUAGGGCUGAAAGGCAGCCCAGGCAGGCAGUUUUUUUUAGGGCUGAAAGGCAGCCCAGACAGACAGCCACUAUACUGUAGGGCUGAUAGAAGGAUCCCCAUCCCAAUCCUAACACUUUAUUUCUGGGAUCAUCAACUAGAUUCAGCCGCGGGACGAAUUACAAAUCAUUUUUAGACUGCAAAUUGACCCCAAGAAGCCUAAACAGAUAAUAUUUGACUAAAACAUAAUAAUUUCAAACCUUGCUCACGUUUGUACACGAUUACUUGUCUCACUAUUAUGCGUGGGAAUACUUGGGAAUUAUUUACAAAAUAUUAUUAUCUUAUUAUUAUUUUGCUUCAAAAACUUGGGGGCCAAAUAAAACCACCCGCGGGCUGCAGUUGGGCAGCUGCUUUCUUUGACCUAGUCACCAUAAUGCCUUUAUAACAAUGUUCUAAACAUGUCAUAAUGCUACAUAGCUUGUGUCAUUGUGAUAACUGAAGCUUUAUGGCAUGUGUUGACAAGUUAUGACUCAUGGUAUGAAGCUUUAUAACAUGGUUAGGACAUUUUUAUGAAGGGUUAUGAAGAGCUCAUGGUGUUUAGUUCAAAUGAAGUGUUACAAAUUUCUUUAUCUAUAUAUAUCAACAGGAAGUAGAACUGAUAUGUAGUGUUAAAAAUCCACUUCUCAAAGUUGUUUUUUACUUCUGGAAGUUUUUCCAAUUUCAAAUGUUAACGGUUGCCAAAAUGUUGUUCUCUUGCUGAAUCUUUUUCUAUGUUGACUGAGGUUGAGAUUGUAGACUGGCUGUAUUGUUGAGUUGAACAACUAUGUGCUCUCUGUUUCACAGCUCAGCUUGUCUGUCUGAAGCUUUAGGAAGGCAGUAAAUAAACCAAGACAGUGUUUUAUGACCCUC